AUGGCAAUUCAGGAAUGUGAACAAGCUCGAUCACUGAUUAAAUUGAUUGCUACAAAUCUUAUUGCCUCCGAUAUGAUUGAAGAUGGUGUCGAGUUGCUGUUCCUAGUGAAAGCUGGAGGUGAUGCUUGCAAAUAUCUCCAGUCACAACGGCAGUGGAAUAAGAGUAUUAUAUAUGCCAAAAUGGGUUUAGAAGAUUCGGAAGAUGUGCUCAGCAAAUGGAUAACUCAUUUAUCUUUCGACCAAAAAACACAAUUUAUGUACGCUCAAGCCAGUCAGCGUGAAUGGCCGGACGUGGUGGAAUUACUCUCAAGUGUUGGCCAUUCUCAUUUGGCUCGACUCAUCCUUAGAACCUCAACAUCCUCACCGCCUUCAAGCUCCCGUGGUGCCAAUUCUCCCAUGUUAAACUCACAUGGUGCUAAUUCGCCAAGUGCCGAUAACAUUUCGCGAACCAGUGAACGUUCGCCGCUUGAGUGA